GCGGUUUGAACAGAAGUUCGGCUGUACGGUAUAUGUGGCGGAUCGUGCCCACGGCUGUUCGCUCUUUUUUUUCAACACUAUACGGUUCAAGUUUGUGAGACGACAGCAACGGUCACGGCUUACGCCCUGUGUACUUUUUACGCACGUAAACACGCAAUUCGGUGGCCAGCUAAUACAAAGCGGCCUAUUAUAGCCACGAGGCGAUUGCAGGUUUACCGGCUUGAACGAGCAAACGCGAUACGAUGUCGAAGGACGAGCAAGAGUGCGCGAUACCGAACAUCAUACACGAUGUGAAUAGCGGCAAAAGUUACUUGAAGGGCCGUUUUUUCGGCAAGGGUGGCUUUGCAAAAUGUUACGAGAUCACAGAGUCGAAGUCGCAUCUUGUGUUUGCUGGAAAAAUUGUGCCAAAAUCAUUGAUCACCAAGAGCAAUCAGAAGGAGAAAAUGACUCAAGAAAUAGCAAUUCAUCAGACUUUGCAUCAUAGACAUAUUGUCGGCUUUCAUGGUUUCUUUGAUGAUGCUCACCAUAUCUACAUCAUCUUGGAGCUCUGCCGUAAGAGAUCAAUGAUGGAGUUGCACAAGCGCAGGAAAGCAUUAUCGGAAUGUGAAACUCGAUACUACAUGAAACAAAUCUUGGAUGGAGUAUUUUACCUGCAUCAAAAUAGAAUAAUUCACAGAGACUUGAAGUUGGGCAAUUUAUUCUUGAACGACGAUUUGCAAGUAAAGAUCGGUGAUUUUGGAUUGGCCACGAGACUGGAGCACGAUGGCGAACGUAAAAAGACUGUUUGUGGUACUCCGAACUAUAUAGCACCGGAAGUGCUGACAAAAGUUGGGCAUUCGUACGAGGCCGACGUGUGGAGUAUCGGUUGUAUAAUGUAUACUCUGCUUGCGGGCAAACCGCCGUUCGAGACGUCGAGCUUGAGAGAGACGUAUGCCAGGAUCAAGCAGGUGCAAUAUAAAACACCGACGCACAUCAGCAAGCCCGCUAUGAACAUGGUGGCGAGAAUGUUACAACUAAACCCAUCCAAACGUCCCUCCGUCGCCAAGCUAAUGAAAGACAUUUUCUUCACUGCGGGAUAUUUGCCGACGAGUUUGCCGCUUUCCUGUCUGACAAUGGCACCUCGUGUGGACAUGUUGGAGUCGCAUUGCAACCGCAAACCACUUGGCGAGAUGAACUUUAACGGAUGCUCAGAGACAGAUAUCAUCACCUUCCGGGUGCCGAGCAGCCCAUCCCGUAAGCCUGCGAAGCCUACUGACGUCAAUGAAAUGCAGAGAAUGAAUCACGAUAUCAAGAAGAUGCUGCACACGCUGAAGGAACAGUUAGCUACUGUAUUGAAGGCUAAGCCAGCCAGAGAGAUAACAUCAUUAGCAUCGUCAGCAGACGAAAUGACCGAUCCAGCGGCACAACCUGUAAUCUGGAUAAGCAAAUGGGUAGAUUACUCGGAUAAAUACGGCUUCGGGUAUCAGUUAUCCGACGAUGGAGUCGGUGUGAUGUACAACGAUGGUACGCGGCUGAUAAUGUUACCGAAUGGUUUUAACAUACACUACAUUAACCGUGAGGGCGACGAAUUGUAUUACACGGUGAGAGAAUAUCCGGCUAAUCUCGAGAAGAAGAUGAAGCUCAUGAACUUUUUCCUGAAAUACAUGAACGAGCAUCUGAUGAAGGCAGGCGACUCCAUCGCAAUGAAACAAAGCGACUCUAUAUCUAGAAUACCGUACAUGCAUCAGUGGUUCAGAACUCAAACGGCAGUCGUGAUGCAACUCACUAACGGCACUGUACAGGUUAAUUUCUUAGAUCACACGAAAAUCAUCAUGUGUCCUUUAAUGGCGGCAGUAACCUACAUCGACCAAGAAAAGAACUUCAGAACUUACAGAUUCCAGACUAUUCAGGAGAACGGCUGCUGUAAGGGACUCGCGAAGAAUCUAAUGUAUGCGUAUGAAAAGCUCGGUUUGAUGCUGACAAGUCCUCAAGUCCGAUAAAAUCGUCUCGAGGAAAACUAUAGAAAGAAUGAAAAAGAAAAAAAGAAGAGAAAGAGUGAGAGAGAGAGAGGGAGAAAGAGAGAGAGUAUGUGUGUGUGUGUGUGUGUAUGCGCGUGUGUCAGAGAAAAAGAGAGAGAGAGAGAGAGAGGGAGAAAGUAUGGUUGAGAAGGUGAAAGAACGGGAAAAGGGGAGAGAAGAAAUAACAGAUACUGCGCACUUAUCCGGCACCAAAAAGAUUUAGAAACACUAUAUAUAUAUAUAUUUAUUUUUUUAGUAGCGCUAUCUUUGUAAACGAGAAACUAAUACGGUAUUUGUACAGACGUAUAGACUUUUGCUAGACAAUCUUUUUUUCUUCUUUCGUCUUUUUCCUUUUUCUCUUUAUUAUUGUCUUUUUUUAAUCACUGAGUGCACGAGAUGUAAAAGAACGAAGCGGGUGACAAAGGCACGGUGCUCCACGAUAACAAGAAAGCAUUUCAAUUUAUCGGUAAGUGCCGUUCCUACAAAUGUUACUCGUAGUUAAUUGCUUAGAUCUUUAUCGAUCUUCCGUCUAUGAGAUAGAACCAGGAUAAAAUUGUGAGAGAAAUGUGACACACUAAAAUCUCAGUUGUCUGAUGAUGUAUAUAUAUAUAUAUACAUAUAUAUAUAUAUAUAUGUAUGUACGUAUGUAUUAUGGGCGGGAUCCCGGAAAGUAAUUGUUACAACUUGUCAGUGCCCAUUUCCAUCCUGCAAUUUCUUAUCAUCUCCAUCAUUACUGAUCUCGUGGGAGGCUUUUACAUUCCGUUGACCCGCAACACGAAUUGCUCACGAUAUCUUGCUCUAACUUUGCGAGUGAAUCAUGCGCGACUCCGGUUCAUUCGUUGCGAAGAAGAAAAAGGCGGAGGCGGAAGGAAACUGGGCGAAAGCCUUGACGGGCCGGGGUUAAUCAUGAUUCGACUGAGUAGUGCAAUUUGAUGUCUGGAUUGUAAAAGAUGAAGAGAGAACAAAGAAUAGAGACCGAAAAAGAGACAGGGAGAGAGGGAGUUAGUCGACUAGCAAUUAAAUAACUGACGCAUAAAUGUUAAUCAAAGGUUCGCUCGACCGACUUUAUUGCUCAUACUUGUUCGAGUAAUAUAGGUGCUACAUUUGGAAUAUGAAUGUGUUAAACGUCGUUAAUGUUUGAAUGCCGGCAACAGCGGUACACAUUAUGGAUUUCAGAUGCGUUUAGUGCAGAAAAAAAUUAUGUCGAGCUGGAUUUGUCGCGUAGUUCCUUUGUUUCUUUGCUUUUUUGUAACAAUUUGUAAUCAAGAAUCAACUAUUACACUUGCGUGACGUAUGAAUAAUACGCAAAAGUGCCUUAUGAACGAAUUGCCUGACGGUUAAAUAGAUUGUACUCCUUUCUCCUAUUUUCUUUUUACUAUUUCAUUUGCGAAUAUUUUUGUCAUUGUCCGACGAACACUACUCUUUUCAUAUAUA